AUGACAACAGCGUCUGUCCCAGAGAGGCUCCUCUCCCAGCGUUCAGUCGGCAGGGAAACCCCUGGGGAGAUCUGCACCCUGAUUUCGGGGGGGACCCUGCGUGCCACGAGGUCCCCUGUGCUGGCCGCACUCACCACUGCUCAGAGGGUCCGAGGGGUCGAGGGGGGAGGGGAGACAGACGUGAGGCUGGCAGCAGCCUCAGAGCACUCGCCGGAGCCCCUGGGGAAUCGGCCCGAGGGCGCGCGCGCCGCGGGGGCCGCCUGGGCUGGGCUGCGGCUGGGCUCAGGGCUGGGGCCUGGGCCCCCGGGGCGCGCAAGCGGGAUUAUUGCAAGGGCGGUUCUUAAGGACGCCCGGCACCCGGAACCGCGCUGGCGAUUGGGCGGCCGCGGCGUCACGCUCCGGAGGGGGCGGUGCCAGGUCUGCCCAUUUAAGGGUCGCCGCCGGGUCCUCGGCCGCGUCGCCAUGGCCUGGGAGCUCGCUGUGUCCUUGCACGUGCUCUGGAGUCAGGUGACUAUGACAACGGGGGAGACCAUGUGUCACCCAGACGAAUAUGAGGUUCCGGGCAACCCUUCCUGCAGCAGAGUCUGCCCGGCUGGCUACUACGUAAGCAGACCCAUAAGCCAGGACCACCCCAUCGGAGCCUGCUCGCCAUGCGAGCCUGGAACUUUCAGAGCUCAUCCCAGCGUGGAGACCCAGUGCUUGCCGUGUGCCCAGUGCAGAGAGGAUCAGGAAGUGGUGAAGCAGUGCUCCCCGACCAGCGACCAGGAGUGCCAGUGCCGGCAGGGCAAGUUCUUCUGCGACUCCGUGGACUGCGCCGAAAGCUGCAUCCGGUGUGAAGAUAGCGCCGUCCUUCAACCCUGCAAUGCCACAAGUGAUGCAGUUUGUGCCACAAAUCCACAGUCAGGAAACCCGGGGUCACCAUGGGCCUGCAUGGGUGUGGACGUGCACAUUUGCACUACCGUCUUCUUCAUCUUCAUCAUCAUCUUCAUAGUCAUCUUCAUCAUCGGCUCAAUUGCCAUAUACUAUUUUGUUGUCAGCCGUAGACGAACAGGAAGUCGGAAUAUGCCAAGUGGCUAUUCCCCAGGAACCGGCCAGUGCAGCGACCUUGAGAAUGGCCCACCAGCCCCGGGUGGGGGCACCAGCCUAGACCUGCUGGCCCUCGAGGGCCCUGGAGGUGCUGAGCCGCUGCAGUGUGCCAACGGAAGGGUAGCAGCGCGAGGGGAGCCAGGAGAGCAGACCCGAGAUCCCGAGGCCCCCAGGACCACGGCCAGUCAGAGCCAUCCACCUCCAUUGAUGUCUAGGAGCAGGAGCUCAGACCAGCUGCAAUGUGACGAGAACAAUUUUUGAAUGGUGUUUCCUGUGAUGCCAUCAAUAAGAACUUGUGCAAUCUGUGCUCGCUUCGGCAGCACAUAUACUAAAAUUGGAAUGGUACAGAGAAGAUUAGCGUGGCCUCUGCGCAAGGAUGACAUGCACAUUCGUGACGCGUACCAUAUUUUUGGACUCUAUGGGAGAAGGCGAGGGUGGGAUGAUCUGAGAGAACAGCAUUGAAACAAGUAUACUAUCAAGUGUGAAACAGAUCGCCAGUCCAGGUUGGAUGCAUGAGACAAGUGCUCCGGGCUGGUGCACUGGGAUGACCCAGAGGGAUGGGAUGGGGAGGGAGGUGGGAGGCGGGGAUCAGGAUGGGGAACACAUGUGAACCCAUGGCUGAUUCAUGUCAAUGUAUGACAAAAACCACUACAAUACUGUAAAGUAAUUAGCCUCCAACUAAUAAAAAUAAUUGGGGGGGGGGGAGAAUAUGUUUUAGAGACAAAUAGCAAUAAACAGUACAAUGUAAGGAUGAUAUUAAACAAAAUGUGUUUGCACAAGUUGUAUCAGUUCAGUUCAGUUGCUCAGUCGUGUCCGACUCUUUGCGACCCCAUGAAUCGCAGCAUGCCAGGCCUCCCUGUCCAUCAACAACUCCCAGAGUUUACUCAAACUCAUGCCCAUCGAGUCGGUGAUGACAUCCAGCCAUCUCAUCCUCUGUCGUCCCCUUCUCCUGCCCCCAAUCCCUCCCAGCAUCAGGGUCUUUUCCAAUGAGUCAGCUCUUCAAAUGAGGUGGCCAAAGUACUGGAGUUUCAGCUUCAGCAUUGGUCCUUCCAAUGAACACCCAGGACUGAUCUCCUUUAGGAUGGACCAGUUGGAUCUCCUUGCAGUCCAAGGGACUCUCAAGAGUCUUCUCCAACACCACAGGUUGUAUAGGAAUUCAUAAAAGGAUGGCUGACUUAGAUAUGAGGGAAUAGGGAAGAUUUUCUAAAAAUAAAUAAAUAAAAAAUAACUCCCCCCCCAAAAAAAAGCCAAAAAGAACUUGUGCAAUCUGACAUUAGUUUCCAGAAAUUAACUGGAAGAUGUUUAUGGGGUUUACUGGAUUUGAAGAAAAUGACAAGAUGUGGAGAUGCCGGGAGCUGUUAUGGGAGGUCCCGCCCGUGACGAGGUCAUGAAGAAAAUACCGGGCAGGCAAGGCCGUCCGGGACCCCAUCCAUGACGAGGUCACGAGGGAAAAACCUGACAGGCAAGGCCGUCUAGGAUAAGGGACCCUCCAGGUUGGCCUCGGCCUCUACCCCACCCUGUAUCCUCCCCCCUUUUUCUGCUGUUGUUCUUGUUUGCCCUGCUGCGGAUUCUUGUGUUGCCUGCCGAGAGCUCUCCUGCUCCUCUUUCACUGACUGAGGACCAACUUAAAACCCUAAUUAAUAAAUCUCCUGGAUGCUGCUGCCCUAUGAAGGGGCCAGGGAUGAAGGAAAUGCUUCAAUUCAAACCCUUUUGCUGGUAUUCUGGCUUGUUUGAUAAAUGUGUGAUCUCAUUGCACAAAAUGCUCUUGUUUGUUCUAAACAUCCUAAACACAGUACACUAACAAAAGAAACUAUUAAGCAUAGACCCCUCCGCGGGGUGAGAAAAGCUCCACAAGUAAUAGUCACAAAUGUGCCUAAUAGAAAAUACUUUAGAUAGAGAUUAGCUGGCGACUUCUUGCAGGUAGUUAACUUUUAGACUAAGAGCCUGUUUUGUGCCACAUCUGCUGUUUCUGCAGUCCUUCGCAUUUCUGUUCUGUAAGAAUGUAAUCCUAUCUAGUUCCCAUAGAGAUGACGCUUAUUAGAAAGAAAAUAGAUUAAUUAUAAGGAAAACAGGGUCGGCUACUGAAGUUGCUUAAGUCACACCAGGUGCAAGCCAUAAAAUAUUAGCAGGCCUGAAGGCCAAAUGAUAAGAAAGACUCUUGUGAACGAAAGUAUGUGGGUGACAUCCUGUUUCUGUUGAAGGCCAAGUUGCUGUAAUGUUUUGAGAUGACCUGUGUGUAAGCAAUAUGCACUUCCCCCAAAAGAUGUUGUUAAGGGUAUAACGGGGCCGUGCAAAAAUAAACUUCAGACUCAGCCCCGA